UUUAAAAGAGCGAGUUCUACGGUUACCAAGAAAGCACAAGAGCAAGCUCUAUAGAUCUCGAGAAGAAACACCAUUGGGGCCUAGCUGCGAACCCGAUCGACGAUCCCUGGAGGAAAGAAAAGCCUCUGCAAAUCCCAUCCAAGCCAAUGGGAAAGAUAUCUGAUGUUGAUAUCCAGCAUCUUGCUAAAGAUUUGGGGGAAAACUUUACUCUUGAAGAGAUCAGAGAGAUGAUCACAGUAAGCAGACCGCAAUGGCGAUGGAGAAGUAGAUGCUAAUGAGUUUAUCAGGGUGAUGAAAAGGACAGGUUAUGAUCAUUAAAUAUCUGAAAUUAUCUUGCUGCAAAAGACUGUGAGUUCCUUAUGAUGCAAGUGACCCAGAGAGCCUUGAACUCAAGAUUAUUGAUGUAACUUAAAUUAACCAAUCUGUCAAAUGAGAUGGUUUUCUGUGUAUAAACAUAUUUCACCUGCCUAUAUACACCCUGUGUGGAUUCUGUAGUUUCAGCUAAUGUUUCUUAUUUAUGGUUGUGUUUGUUGGUAGUUGUGUACUCUUUUAAAAAUGGCGAUGUUUUGGAUGUUGAAUGGAUAAAAUAUUCAUCA